GAGGGCGGCGCGCUGACCGAGGCGGUGCGCCGGCGGCCCUACCAGGUGGUGCUGUUCGACGAGAUCGAGAAGGCCCACCCGGACGUCUUCAACGUGCUGCUGCAGGUGCUCGACGACGGCCGCCUGACCGACGGCCAGGGCCGCACGGUGGACUUCCGCAACACCCUGAUCGUGAUGACCUCCAACCUGGGCUCGGAGGUGCUGGCGCACCAGGAGCCGGGCCAGGACAGCAGCGCCGUGCGCGAGCAGGUCAUGGCCGUGGUGCGCGGCGCCUUCCGGCCGGAGUUCCUCAACCGGCUGGACGACAUCCUGCUGUUCCACCGCCUGACCCGCGAGCAGAUGACCGGCAUCGUCGACAUCCAGCUCGCGCGCCUGGAGAAGCUGCUGGCCGACCGCAAGAUCGAGCUGGAACUGGACGAGGCCGCCAAGCGCUGGCUGGCCGACGCCGGCUACGACCCGGUCUACGGCGCCCGGCCGCUCAAGCGGGUGAUCCAGCGCGAGCUGCAGAACCCGCUGUCGGAGAUGCUCCUGGCCGGCAAGAUCGCCGACGGCCAGAAGGUCCAGGUCAGCGCCAGCGCGCUGGGCCUGAUCAUCGACGGCCAGACGGCGACCAGGGCGGAUGCAGUCUUCGAGCAGGCGUCGGCGGCCCUGGCCGCCGGCGACGCGACGGCGGCCGAGGCGGGCUAUGCCCGCCUGCUGGCGGCCAACCCCCAGCACAUCGCCGCCCUGCGCGGCCUCGCCGCGGCGCUGAAGGCGCAGGACCGCGGCGCGGAGGCGGCCGACCAGCAGGCCCUGGCCGACGCGCUGGAGGCCGACGCCGUGGCGACCAGCGCCGGCGAGCUGCUGCGGGCCGGCCGCCUGGAGCUGGCCGAGAACAGCUUCCGCAAGGCCCUGGCGAUCGACCCCGACAGCACCGCCGCGCACAAGGGCCUCGGCGACCUCGCGCGCCUGCGCGGCGCCUUCGCCCAGGCGCUGGAGCACUACCGCGCGGCGCUGGCGGUCAAUCCGGACUUCCUGCAGGCCCGCGCCGCCGCCGGCGCGCUCGACGGCCGGCCGCUGGCCGCCCCGCCGGCCGGCCUGACCCUGGCCGUGCCCUUCGUGCAUCGCCGCGAGUUCCUGCCCCGGGCCUGGCGGGACACGGCCUUCGCCUACGGCCUGGAGCACCUGGGCGAAAUGCAGGACGCCACGGUGGUCGAGGACGGCGACCAUCAGGUGCAGGCCCAGUCGCGCCAGGCCCGGCUGCUCUACGAGCCGCCGGAGAUCAUCGCCUGGUUCCUGCCGCGCAUCGAGGCGGCGCUGCCGGAGGUCUUCGCGCCGCUGGGCGUCGCGCCCUUCACGCCGACGCGCAUCGAGCUGCAGAUGACCCUGCACAGCGGCGGCCACUUCUACCGCGCCCACCGCGACGUCUCCGGCCCGGAGGAGGCGCGCAGCGAGAUCGACAGCCGGCGCAUUUCCUUCGUCUACUACAUGAGCCGCCGGCCGCGCCCCUUCCGGGGCGGCGAGCUGCGGCUCUACGACAGCGACCUGGGCGGCUGGCGCUUCUGGGAGGAGCAGAUCUGGUCGCGCAUCGAGCCGGACGACAACUCCAUCGUCUUCUUCCCCAGCGCCGCCAUGCACGAGGUCUGUCCGGUCGAGCUGGACAGCGACGACCCGGCCGACGGCCGCCUGACGCUCAACGGCUGGGUGCACGGCCCGGCGUAG